CCGGUCCGAGCCGGUCACCUUGCAUGCUCAGCGCUCAUUGCUAGCUGGUCAAGUAUCUUUACCGCGACCACCAUGAGCGCAGGCAAAGCCCCCAUGCACCCACUGCUAGCGCGGUACCUCACGCAGCUGUCGACAAACCCACUGCGCACCAAGGCAUUGACGUCCAGUAAGCUUCCUUUCAAUCCAGCAAACACAUAUGACGCUCAACGUGUCGGAUGCGUGCUCAUUAUAAUGCAGGCACGUUUUGUUUCCUCCAGGAAGUCAUUGGAUCGAACGCAUCUGGUCUCCCGCCGCCUCAAAUCCCAAAAGAUGCGGACCCCUUGACGAAAGCCCUCGCACGCGCACGUAUUGACUCCAAGGCUAUCAAGAUGGCUUUGUAUGGGUUCUUCGUAUCCGCUCCUGUGGGUCAUUUCCUCGUCGGCAUGCUGCAGAAGGCUUUUGCUGGGAAAACGGGGCUUAAGGCUAGGCUGGGGCAACUCCUUGCGAGCAAUUUGCUGAUUUCGCCAAUCAACGCGGUUGUGUUCUUGGCCUCUAUGGCUAUCAUAAAUGGUGCCAAAUCCGUCGACGAGGUCAUCCGUACUGUGAAGGGUGGCUUCUUCUCCGUUCUCCGAGUAUCAUGGGUAGUUUCCCCGUUGUCCAUGACCGUUGCACAGCAGUUCAUUCCUGUCGAAUUGUGGGUGCCUUUCUUCAACACGAUUCAGUUUAUGGUCGGCACCUUCAUGAACAUCAAAAUGAAGAAAAUGAGACUCGCUGCAGCGAGAAAGGAAGCUGAGGAACGGCAAGCGAGAGAAAGCGAGAGCGGCCAGGGAAGAAAAACUUUGAUCACCUUAUCUUGUAUACACAUCACACAUGUCAAUCAUACUCGCACUGUUUGGUUAUAUCCGUAAUAUAUUCUCUGUGCAUACAUUAUGGUUGCGAGAGAUCGGAUAUAACAAUUGAUGACGAGCUGUCCGUAGCCGCCCUCUGCUCGUAACAGUGCCUUACUUGCCAUGGCCCACCCUCCGUGUCAGGUUCGCCUACCUCAGUCUCCAAUCGCCAGUCUGACAAUGCGUACGUUCCUGGGCGGGUAGCGCACAACUGGGCGAGGACAGAUGUUGUCUGUGAUGGCUCCAGAAGCCCCC